AUGAAGUUCACUACAUUAGCAUGCAUCGCAGUUGUUGUGAUAGUAGUUAUGUCCUCUUUGGAUCCGACCAAAGCAGUCGUGGCUCGACGUUCGGAGGAAGAGGAGAAAGUGGCAUGCAACGCGAGGGAACUUAAGCCAUGUGUACCAGCAGCAGAAGCCGGAACUAAACCGUCGACGGAAUGUUGUGGAAAACUAAAAGAACAAGAGUCGUGUUUGUGUGGAUACAUCAAAAACCCAUCGAUUAGUCAGUAUUUUCAAUCUGAAGGUGCUCAUAAAGUCUUAGUAGCUUGUGGUGUACAUUAUCCUACUUGUUGA